AUGAAAAUCAUAAUUCUUCUUGGACUCAUAGGAGCUACAUCAUCAGCCCCGCUUAUCUCACAGCGUCUGUUGUCUGCUAGCAACAGUCACGAGUUGCUCCUGAAUCUUAAUAAUGGUCAGCUUUUGCCACUGCAAUUUCAGGGUGCAUUUAACUCUUGGAUUCCUCCCUUCCCUGGGUUUCUGCAGCAACAGCAGCCGCAGCAGCAGGCUCAGGUCUCAGGACGCCCACAGUUCCCACUCUCUGCACUAGAGAGCUUUGCUGGGCUGUUCCCAAAUCAGAUACCUUUCUCAAGACAAGUUGGGUUUGUCCAAGGCCAGGCUGCUCAACCAGAACUCUCACAGCCACAGACACCACCACAAACUCAACAGGGUGCUAACCUUAUGUCCUAUGUGGUUCCCUUCAAAGUGCCUCAAGAUCAAACAGGGAUGCUUCAGUCCUAUCCGGUGUACAUGCUCCUGCCCUGGGAGCAGCCUCAACAGGCAGUCACACCAUCCCCCCAGCAAACAGGGCAGCAGCUAUUUGAGGAACAGAUACCAUUCUAUAAUCAGUUUGGAUACAUACCACAGCAAGCAGAACCUGAGGUACGAGGAGGACAGCAGCACUUGGCUUUUGACACCUUUGUAGGCACAGCGCCCGAAACUUCUGGGAUGCCAGCAGAAGGAGGUCUGCUUUAUUCACAAAGAGAACCAAUCACCUUUAAGCAUGAUAAUGCAGGAGUUUUCAUGCCAUCAACUUCACCAAAACCCAGCACUGACAAUUUUUUCACUUCUGAAAUAGAUCCGACUAAUGCCCCAGUACUUCCAGAACAGAAGGCCAAGACUGAUAGCUUAAGAGAACCAUAA